GGGGUUGGGUCUCAUUACAGAAAAUGUCAUGAUAGCAAUGACAUGCUUUUGUCUCAGGUGAUUUACUAGAUAAUUACUAGAUAAUUGACUAGAACAUGUGCAUUCAUAUAAACCUGUGUUUGCAGGUGUACGUCAGUCAGAGCUGACAGGAUAGUAAAUCAUCUGACCAAUCACAAUAGAGAAAGAAUUCACCAAGGUGGAGCAUGAGAGAGAAACUCACCUGGUAGUUGAACCACUGUGACAAACUAAAUCCUGCUGCUCUGUUUCCAGGAACACGAGAACGCAGAGGACAAACAACACAACACCUGCAUAUUCACUGGUGCUUAGAUGUGUUGACACUAACAUACAUCUGAGUAAGCUGUAAAAUGAUGUGUGCGAUGUCGAGGUGAGAAGUUCGAGCACUCGGACAGGUGUGUUUCAAGCAGGGCACAGUUUGUAAACCGAGUCAUGGCUGAAGCGAUACCACCCAACACAGUCAUCCCCUGGUUCACUGAGUACCAGAAGAACCACAUCGUGAAGGAUGGAGUCAUUCCGAAAUGGUUCCAUGGCACCAUCUCCAGGAAGUAAGGCAGGCAGAGGAAAUGCUCAUGACCAAACCUCCAGGCUACUUCCUGAUUCGUGUCAGUGAGAGCAGAAUAGGAUACACCUUGUCCUACAGAGCUGAUGAACUCUGUAGACACUUUAUGAUCGACAUGCUUCCAGGAAACCAGUGUGAGAUUGUAGGUGAGAAUAUGCGGCAUUGCUCUCUCCAUGAUCUGGUAGCCUUCCACAGCAGAACUCCGAUUUGUCCCUACACUGAGCUCCUCACACUAGCCUGUAAUCAGGCUGGCCAAAAUAUCCCAGAAGCCACACCUCCCAUCCUGCCAGCACGCCGUAGGGUGUCUCAUCCACCAAUUUCACACCAGAACCUAAGCAACUUGUCAGACAUUUCAGGAAGCACACCAACACUCUAUCCCAGCCUAGAACGGGAGCUUAGUGCUCUCAACUUGGAUUGUGUGGGAUUUCCGCUAAACCCUUCACUGACACCAAAAACAAAAUUCUUCCUCACACCACAAGACAUUACCACCAGAUGGCACUCUGCACAUAAAACCACCACUGGAGGAGAACAAACUACAGGUUUACAGACAGCUUGCAACCAGGGAAAAUCGCAAGAUAAAGUGCUGCAAAGAAAUCAGGCAGAGUCAAAGCACACUCGCAUAAGACUGAUUCAGUGCAAGAUCUUUAAAAAGAAGAAAAACCAUUCAGAGGAGCACACGUACAUGGAUAUCGAUGAAGUUAAAGUCACAACUGAUCCUGCAGCAUUGCAGAUAGCCACAAACACAGACCAGGAAGCGAUGGAUAAUGUUUCUGGUACAUUACCAGUGGAAUACCUAAAUCCUCCUCCGUUUGCUCCUGGCUACUGAAACAUAAGCAUCACAGACAUUUACUAUAGUUUAUUGUUUUGUAAAACCCCUGUAAUGUUCUCUGGAAUAAUAUUCAUGUACACCAGUGCUGAAUUCUCAAUUAUGAUUGGACAGAAGGUGUUUAUUGAACUUGUAUAACAUCACAUCUGACAGCCACAGAUACCAAAUAAUAGAUUUUUAUUAAUGCAUUUUUAACACAUUUUUUCCUGAAAAAACAAAGAAACAACUUACACAGGGAUGCUGUCAUAGUGGACAUUCCAUUGAAGAAAAAAAUUACAAAGAAAAAUGGAUAAUGGUUGAUAUGGUUAAAUUUUCCAUAUGGACACGUUAUUUUAACACAUGUAACGAGUCGCCAGUUUGUUUUAUUUUGCAUUUUGUAAUAGUACAUUUUUAAGACACUGGAAAAUCUUCAUGACUGAGGACUUUGCUUUAUAGCUUAUGUUUAUAUAACCUAAGUGAUAAUAGGAAUUAUUAUUAAGUUUCACAGACUUUCUACAAUAUUUAUAACAAUAAAGGGUUAAAACACAAGAUAAAAUGGGAGGGUUGAGUCAAGUUUGCAUCAAGAUGUGCUGUUUUUUUAAUGAGUCUGACCAAUUCAACAUUCAAGUUCAUUUUAACAGAUUAUUAUUAUUAUUAUUAUUAUUAUUAUUACUUUUAUCAUCAUUACUAUUAGUAAUAGUUUUGAUAUAUCGAUAAAUGCAACAGAGAGUAUACUUAUCAUAUCCUUCAUCCCAUUCCAAGCCCUACAUGUAACUCCACUCCAUCAGCCAUUCACCCUCAGUUAAAGGUGUGGUGAAGUGGAGGAUCAGGUGUUGGCCUCUCUGCUAGAGGAUGCAACCGCAAUGGAGCUCUUAGAUAACUGCAUUGUAAUAUACAGUCUCUCUGGUAGAACAGAGUCACACUAUUCUAACACAGUAAAAGGCAUAUAUUAACCUAGAAAGAAAGAAACAAAGAAACAAGCUAAGGGAUACCUGUUUUAACCCUUGUGUAUGCUUUGUGACAUUUGUGUAGAUUAGGAGGCUUAGUUUCCCAAUUUCUUUGGCCAUAGCUUUCUUUCAGCAAUUGGAAUGAUUUUUUCGUGACAAACCUUAAUCCUUAAUCCUUGUACUUUGGAGAGAUGCUUUCAGAAUUUUCACCAGGUCUUUAAUUCACUGUGUACAAAUUUAACACAAUUCGCUGUGUAGAAAAAUGUCCACUAAAAUUAAACUUGUAUAAAAAUAUAUCAGAUUAAUAUUUUUUCAAUUUGAUUUUUUUAAAUUACUAAUGUCAUGUGUAAUUAAUUUGCAUAAAAAUACACAGAAAAUGACUUUUUUUAAUAUAAAAAAGCAAACUGAUUUUUUUUUUACCUUUUAUCUUGGAUAUGUCAAACACUAAUAACAACAUUGGCUUUUAUGCAUUGUUAGAUUUUGUGCAACAUCAGAUUCAAAUAUUUUCUCCCUUAUACGCCCCUUGUGGCUCAACAUUGACUGCUAUUCUAACCACAUUUAUUCAUUGCACAGGCAUGACAUUAAAAAACAAACAAAAAAAAAAGAACACGCAUUCUUGCUAGUUAAUGGUUCCCUCAGCUGGGAAGAGGCAAAGUUUAAUUUUUACUGUUGACCAAAAGGUGGUGACAUUACAUUAUUACACAGGCCUGUGCAAAAAUAAAGCUUAUUUUCAGGUUUUUUACAUUAAAGUUUUAUGGAGGAUAUAA